UUCUCUUCUUCUCCAUUUCUCAUCCUCUCGGCCUUUUUGCUGCUGCUGCUGCUGCUGCGACCAUGUCUAAAACCAGUGAGAGCAGCCACAGGCAGCAUAUCCUCCUCUUCCCCUUCAUGGCUCAAGGCCAUCUCAUCCCUUUCUUAGCUCUCGCAAGGCUCCUCGAACAGAAAACGGAUCACAUCAUCACCCUCAUCAACACCCCUCUCAACAUCCUAGCCCUCCAAUCCUCCCUCCCCCCAGACUCCUCCAUCCGCCUCUCUUGCCUUCCCUUCGACAGCUCCCACCACGGCCUCCCUCCCCACGCCGAAAACACCGACUCCAUCCCUCACCAUCUCAUUCUCCGCCUCGUCUACGCCUCCGAAACCCUCCAGCCUUCCUUCGAACACCUCGUCUCCACCAUCUGCACACAAGAAGGCCGGCCCCCUCUCUGCAUUAUCUCCGACGAAUUCAUGUCGUGGUCCGUCGAGACAGCACACAAGUUCGGCGCUUUCCACUCCGUCGCCAGCACGUCCGGAGCUUACGGGUCGUUGAUCUUCACCUCGGUCUGGCUCCAUCUCCCCCACAUGCGGACCGAUGCCGAUGAGUUCCCGCUGCCGGAAUUCCCAGGGAUUUCCAUCCAUCGCUCUCAGCUUCCAGAUGACUGUAGAAAUGUCGAUGAGAGCGAUCCUUGGUGCAUUCUUUUUCGGAAGCACGCGUCUUUCUUUGGGCGGUCUGAUGGGAUUCUUGUUAAUACCGUGGAGGAAUUGGAUAGCACGGCUUUGAUGCACAUGAGGGAGAAUCUGUGGAGGAAGGCGUGGGCCAUCGGUCCGUUGCUCCACCCUCCGUCUUCAAGAAAGGAGGAACCGAUCGUCUCUUCUCUGUCAUGCACCGAGUGGCUAAACCUUCACCCAAAAAGCUCUGUCUUGUACAUCUCGUUCGGGUCCCAGAAUUCGAUCAAUGCCGCCCAAAUGAUGGAACUGGCGAAGGGAUUGGAAGCUUGUGGGAAGGCUUUCAUUUGGGUUAUCAGGCCUCCUAUUGGAUUCGAUGUGAAAGAGGAUUUCAGAGCCGAGUGGCUGCCGGAAGGAUUCGAAAAUCGGAUGGCAGAAAGACGACAGGGGCUUUUGGUGAAGAAAUGGGCCCCGCAGCUGGAAAUUCUCUCACACGAAUCGACCGGCGCGUUCCUCAGCCAUUGCGGCUGGAAUUCGAUACUGGAGAGCUUGAGCCAGGGCUUGCCGAUUAUCGGAUGGCCAAUGGGUGCUGAGCAGCUCUUUAAUUCGAAGCUGUUAGAAGAAGAGUUGGGUGUUGGGGUGGAGAUGGCCAGGGGAAGUAAGGCGGAGAUCCGUGGGGUGGAUGUUACGAGGGUGAUUGGGUUGGUGAUGGGUGGAGAAUCUGAGAGAGGGAUGGAGAUGAGAAGGAAUGCGAAGCGGUUAGAAGAGGUGUUGAAAGCUGCCGUGGUAGAUGAAGAGCACCGUAAAGGGUCCUCCGUAAGAGCGCUUGAGGACUUUCUACAAACAGCUGCGUUGCGGAAAGCGAUGCUCCAAUAAAUCGAACUGUUCAUCGUCUUGGUGCAAUUUAAAUUAGUAAUGGCUCAGUAAUCAUGCUUAAUGAUGAUCUGACCUUUGAAUUUUGCAGUUGAA